AUGCAAAUUUCUCGUCGAUUUUUGCACACAACAAGGCAUUUUCAUGCAGUGGCACCAGAAUUCCGCGAAAACUUCCAAUUGCCCGCACAAUACGACUACCGGCAGUGGUUUCCGAUGCACAUGUCGGUGCAGUUGAAGAAAAUGGAAGCGAAAUUGAGAUCGGUGGAUUUGGUUAUUGAGGUCCACGACGCCAGAAUCCCGGUUACCGGUCGAAAUGAGCAAUUCUUCCGGCAUCUGUACGCAAUUCGGCCUCAUAUCCUGGUUUUAAAUAAAUGCGAUCUAAUCGACAUGAAAAAAUACAAACAAAAAAUCGAGGACUACUACUAUGAUAUGGGCAUUGAGAAGGUGCUCUUUACAGACUGCAAAAAGCGACUUCCCAGAGCCCUAAACGAUGUGAAAACGUCAAUGUUGCAUGCACUGGAGUCGUCAAAACGAUUCAAUCGAACCGUCAAAACCGAAUAUCAAUCAAUGGUCGUCGGAAUUCCAAAUGUUGGAAAAUCAUCGCUAAUCAAUGCGAUUCGAACGCAUACAUUGGGAAUUAAACGCAAAGCAAAUCGUGUUCGAAUAAUGGACAAACCGCCCAUCUACAUAAUCGACACCCCAGGAGUACUGUCGCCGAAUUCUCGAAACGUUUCGGAUGCAAUGAAACUGGCACUGUGUGAUUUGGUACUCGAAUCACAUGUCAAUUUGUACUAUCUAGCCGAUUUUCUACUUUUUUCACUCAAUCGAACCGAAGAUUUCACUUAUUUGAAGCUAUUGGGAAUCGAGGAGAUGAGAAAAGAGCCCAGUGAUGAUAUUCAGGAGAUCCUAGCGCUGACAUGUGCUGCAAACGACUACCGUAUCAAUGCGAGUAUGGGCGAGCGAUGGGAUUUCGAUCGUGCCGCCAAAUACUUCAUUCAGCUGUAUCGAAAUUCGAAAUUCCACGAUUCGUGUCUCGAUCAGGACUUCUUUUUGUACAGAAAUUAG